CGACUGUCGGUGCAAGUUUGAAAUCGAUCGCACCACGCUUCGGAACGGGUAGAAGUUUUAUAUUUGUGUUUUUAUCAGUAAGUUUGAAAGUUUACGACAAAUAAUUCGACGGGGUGUUGUGAGGUGCAAAAGGUGCUGAAUCUUUUAUUUGAAAAGUGAAGUGGUAGAGUUUGUUUGAAAAAUUUGUUCAAAAUGACCACCUACACCGACAAGGGCCCGAAACCAAAUGGCGGCAAGUUCUUGUGCUUCGACCAUCUCACCUUCUACGUGGGUAACGCGAAACAGGCAGCCAGCUACUACACCACCCGGAUGGGAUUCACCGAGAUAGCCUACCAGGGGCUGGAAACCGGAAGUCGCCAGCUGGCCAAGCACGUCGUACGGCAAAACAAAGUCACCUUCGUGUUCGUGUCGGCCUACGAACCAAACAACACCGAGCUCGGUGCUCAUCUGGUGCGACACGGCGACGGAGUGAAGGAUGUGGCUUUCCAGGUCGAAGAUCUCGACAUCAUCGUGAAGAGAGCAAAGGAACGCGGAGCCGUCAUGGUUCGAGAUACUUGGGAAGAAAGUGACGAAUUCGGAAAGGUACGAUUCGCCACAGUCAAAACGUACGGCGACACUCAGCACACUUUUGUGGAGCGGAAAAACUACCGAGGGGUGUUUCUGCCCGGGUACAAAGCACCGUUGUACGACGAUGCUUUGUUGAAGACAUUACCGCCAAUCAACCUGAAUUUCGUUGAUCACGUUGUUGGAAAUCAACCCGAUCUUCAAAUGGAGUCAACCGCGGCAUGGUACGAGAAGGUUUUAUUGUUCCAUCGUUUCUGGUCGGUGGACGACAGUCAAAUCCACACCGAAUAUUCCGCGUUGCGGUCGAUCGUAAUGACCAACUACGAGGAGACAAUCAAAAUGCCCAUCAACGAACCUGCCAAAGGCAAGAAAAAGUCUCAAAUCGGAGAAUACGUUGACUACUACGGUGGAGCGGGCGUUCAACAUAUCGCACUGAAUACCAACGAUAUCAUUGCAGCGAUCACGAACCUUCGUGCUAGAGGUAUGCAUUUCCUAUCCGUUCCAGACACAUAUUACGACCAGCUGCGGCAGCGUUUGAAGGCCAGUAAUGUUAAGAUAACGGAGGAUAUGAACGUGCUGCAAAAGUUGAAUAUUCUCAUCGAUUACGAUGAAAACGGAUACUUGCUGCAGAUCUUCACCAAAAACAUGCAAGACCGACCGACUCUCUUCCUGGAAGUUAUCCAAAGACACAACCAUAACGGUUUUGGGGCGGGCAACUUCAAAGCACUGUUUGAAGCUAUCGAAGCCGAUCAGGAAAAGCGAGGCAAUCUGUAAACCAUGCGGAUCUGCAACUAAUCGAUUGAUGAGAAAAAGAAAAAAAAAACAGAGCAAAUAUCACAAAUGGACACGGCAGGACAAUUAAGCUUAGAUUAAAGACGAACCGCGACUACCUAACCCUUAGUGUUUAAGUGAAUAGAAUAAAUGAACCGUUCUUGAUUUCA